AAGCAAAGCACAACAGGUUUCUACUUUCAUUAACUGACAAUUAUGGGUCCUGAGUCAGCUCGGUCUGACACACUGUCGAGCAAUAAGGAAAUGGUGAUCAUAGAAGAACUCGUUAAUGGUAAACACUGUGCUACUCAGCUUCAGAUUCUUUUCAACAACAAUCCCUCUGAAAUGAGUGUGCGUCUCUCGGCUCAGCAACUUGUGCACAAGAUCUUCACAGCUUUCGAUCACUCACUUUGUCUGCUGAGUCGUGUCGAAUCUGCCGAGGUUUCUCGCAAUCAGGCAAAUGAAGAUUCCACUGAGAGCAGGAAGAAGAAGAGACUUGCAUCUAAGGAAAAGAGAGGCUGUUACAAGAGGAGGUAUUGAAAA